AUGAAAAAUUAGGCUGUACAGACAAUUGAAACGGGUGCGAUGUUUAGUUUUAAACCUAUGGAUGUAAUUGAACCAAAACGAUCAAUUAUACCAAAAAAUGUCAUUAAAAAGCGUACCAAAUAACAGAGACCCUCUUUUACAGAUGAACCACUCCCAUAUUUAAAACCAUUAAAAUAAAAUAACCAAAUAAAGUUAAGACAAUUAUUGUUACCUAACAUAAAAAUCUAAGAAAAGCCACAAAUAUCAAAACGAAGCGAACGAUUUUUAUCGAUAGAACAUAAUUCUCAAUAAAUUUCUAAUUGCGUCAUGAAACUAAGAAGAUAUUCUCAUUAUGAUUUUAUUUCCAGAACAGAUAGAACACUCUCAAUAUACCCUACAUAAAGUUUGGUAACAAGCAGAGCAUAGAUUAAGUAUAAUUGA